AUGAGUGCCAAGCCUGGUUUUCAUGGAGUCGACAUUCUCCUGACCUCCCGCUGGCCCAACGACAUUGCGCACAACAACCAAGGCCCUGUGCCCGAUCUCAAUUGGCUACGCCAAUGCCCUGGCUCACAAGCCGUUGCCAAGGCACUUCGCCCGCGCUAUCACUUUGCAGGUGGAGCUGUCUUUUUCGAGCGCAGCCCUUAUCGAAACCAUGGGGCCCAGGAGGCCCCAGUCAACGUGACUCGCUUCCUUGGCAUGGCCCCCGUGGGCAACCCUGUCAAGGCCAAGUGGAUUUAUGCAUGUAGCAUCGUGCCUCGGUCUGAGGAAGAUGUUGCCAAGCUUGUCGAGCAGCCACAGGGAACCACUGAUUCGCCUUUUGCAGGUAACUCCUCUUUCCAUUUCCGCACUCCCUUAUCGAAGCAUGCUGAACAUUUUUUGACCCUGUGUUGUGUUGCUCGUGGCUUAGCACCGGUGACGCAGGAAAACUGCUGGUUUUGCCUGGGCAGCCCGAAAGUGGAAAAGCACUUGGUUGCAUCCGUGAGCAAGGAUGUAUAUCUGGCUCUGCCCAAGGGGCAGUUGUGCGAGGACCACGUCUUGAUCGUACCUGUCAAGCAUUGCCAAUCCACUUUGCACCUCGACGACGACAUUGCAACGGGCGUCAAUGAGUACAAGAAGGCCCUCCGGAAGUUUUUUGCAGCCACUGACCGGGACGUGGUUUUCUUUGAGCGUAACUUCCGCUCCGAUCACAUGCAACUGCAGGCCGUACCAGUGCCUCGUGGUCUGAGUGACUCCAUUGAGCUAGCAGCACGGAGCUUAGCAAGCCGAUACCAACUCCAGCUGGACACGCAGCCUGCCGGCACGGAUUUGAACGAGUUGUUUGAGGAAACGACGCCCUACUUUAUGCUCGAGCUGCCCUCGGGCCAGCUGCUGAUUCAUGGCAUCAGCGGUCGCUUUCCGCUGCAGUACGGACGGGAGAUUCUGGCGCAUGCACAGGUUCUCAACUGCCCAGAUAAGAUUGACUGGAAGGCGUGCUCACUGGACAAAGAGGGCGAAACUGCCGCAACAAAAGCCUUCCGUGAAGCCUUUCGCCCCCACGAUCCGUUUUUGAAGAAAAAGGCCGUGGCUGAAUAA